AUGGCCAAAGAGAAAGCCUGCAGUCAAGGUGUCACAGGUGCUCAAAGAAGCAGUUUUGGGCUCAUAGGGAGGGUGAGGGGUCAGCACUACCUCAGCUACAGAAGUGAACAGAACGGCUGGUCAGAACAGUUCACAGUGGGACAAAGGCCAGGAAUUUCUCUUGUCCUUUUGGAAGCAAGUGAUUCAGUUGAAAACAAAUUGUUUGCAGAUCAAAAUCGGAAGGGUCUAAAGGACAAACUGGUCAGAAAUAGGCAUAUCCCGUUAGCAAUUUUGGUCUUUUCUCUAAGUGCUAACACGGAGUCUAUCCUUUUUACUCAUAAUCCCACUUGGGAUGAUUGUCAGCAACUGUUACAGGUGCUUUUCACUACAGAAGAGCGAGAGCGGAUCCUGUCAGAAGCUCAAAAGAAUGUGCCAGGGGUGGAUGGGAGGCCCACAAUACAGUCUAACCUCAUUGAGGAGGGGUUCCCCUUGGUGCGACCCAACUGGGACUUCGAACGCGCUGAAGGUAGGGAGCGUCUCCGGGUAAACCGUCAGACUCUUAUGGCUGGCCUUAGAACGGCCGCCAGAAAGCCGACUAAUUUGGCCAAAAUAAAUUCAGUGAGGCAGGAACCAAAUGAGAGCCCAGCAGCCUUCCUUGAAAGGAUAAUGAAAGCUUUUAGACAGUAUACCCCUAUGGACCCACAAGCAGAUGAGUCACGAGCGGCAGUUAUGUUAGCAUUUGUAAAUCAAGCAGCACCCGAUAUUAGAAAAAAAUUACAAAAGAUAGAGAGGUUAAAUGAACAAUCCUUGCAAGAUCUAGUGAGGGCAGCCGAGAGAGUUUUUAAUCAUAGAGAGACCCCAGAAGAGAGAGAGGACCGCAUUAGAAGAGAAGAAAGAGAAUUUAGAGCUGAAGAAAACCGUAAAAAUCAAAAAGAGCUGGACCAGAUAUUUUUUGCUGGGGUUGAAAACAAAAACAGGUUCCAGAAAGGGAAAAAAUUGGACUCAAAAACUGAAGAAAAAACGACAAGGCGUAAGCUUGAGAAAAACCAAUAUGCGUUUUGUAAAGAGUUUGGACAUUGGAAAGAUAAAUGCCCCAAGAAAAAUCUAAAAGAGGAGCCCAAGAACCCCAAAAACGAGACUCCCUCUCCAGACAGUCAUAUCCUCUACGCGGGUGAGGAUAGGGACUAGGGGGGUCAGGGCUCGAAGCCCCUCCCCGAGUCCUGGGUAACUAUAAAUGUGGAGGGGAAACCGAUUGGCUUCAUGGUGGACACGGGAGCCCAAUACUCAGUCUUAAACCAAAAAGAUGAACCCAUGUCUAAGAAAAGUAGCUGGGUGCAGGGAGCAACCGGGACUAAACGGUAUGGAUGGACUACAAAACGGCAUGUGAACUUGGGGGCCCACCAGGUGACCCAUUCUUUUCUGGUGAUACCUGAGUGUCCAGCGCCCUUGUUGGGAAGGGAUUUACUGUCUAAAGUAAAUGCCCAAAUUCAUUUCGACCACAGACAAGUGUCGGUUUUAGAUGGGACCGGGCAUCCUCUUCAGGUCUUGUCUCUGGCAUUAAAAGAUGAAUACAGACUCUACUUGCCAGAGGCCCCAGCGACAAUAGGCCCCGAAGUACAACCAUGGGUUCAAAGAUACCCUCAGGCCUGGGCUGAAACUGCAGAAAUGGGACUAGCCAAACAGAGGCCCCCUAUCAUUGUGGAACUGAAAGCCAGUGCUUCCCCAGUCAGGGUACGACAGUAUCCCAUGAGUCAGGAGGCUCGACAAGGAAUUACUCCUCAUAUACAAUGCCUCAUAGACACUGGGGUCCUGAAAAGUUGCCGGUCCCCAUGGAACACUCCCCUGUUGCCUGUAAAAAAGCCUGGGGGAACUGAUUUUAGACUGGUUCAAGAUCUAUGAGAAGUCAACAAACGGGUGAAUGAUAUUCAUCCUAUGGUUCCUAACCCUUAUACAUUGCUAAGCAACUUGCCUCCAAACUACAUUUGGUACACUGUUUUAGAUUUAAAAGAUGCCUUUUUUAGUUUGCCUCUUGCCCCCGCAAGCCAAGAGAUCUUUGCCUUCGAAUGGCAGGAAGACGGUGGUCAGACCUCUGUGCAGCUGACAUGGACUCGCUUACCACAGAGUUUCAAAAACUCACCCACGUUAUUUAAUGAGGCCCUGGACGAAGACCUCCAUGAGUAUCGGGUUGAACACCUUACCAUUGUUUUAUUACAAUAUGUUGAUGACCUUAUGCUGGCGGCGGCUACAGAGAAAGAGUGCCAAGAGGCAACAGGUGACCUUCUGCAAACCUUGGGGACUUUAGGUUACCGGGCUAGUGCCAAAAAGGCCCAGAUUGCCAAACGAGAGGUUACAUAUCUUGGUUAUAAGAUAAAACAGGGCCAGAGGUGGCUAACACAGGCUAUGAAAGAAACCAUCCUCCAGAUCCCUGAGCUGGCUAACCCUAGACAAGUGAGAGAAUUUCUGGGAACGGUGGGAUAUUGCCGGUUAUGGAUCUUGGGGUUUGCAGAAAAGGCCAGGCCCCUAUAUGAGGGGAACAAAGAAAACAAGGACUGGAAAUGGACUGAGCCAAUGAAAGAGGCCUUCCAAGAGCUCAGGCGAGCCUUGCUAGAGGCUCCUGCCCUUGCCCUCCCUGAUCCAUCUAAGCCUUUCCAAUUAUUUGUAGAUGAAAAGCGGGGGAUAGGAAAAGGGGUACUAACACAGAGAUGGGGACCAUGGAAGCGACCUGUAGCUUACCUUUCCAAGAGACUGGACCCAGUGGCAGCCGGAUGGCCACCUUGCCUCCGUAUCAUCGCGGCCACCGCGCUCUUAGUCCACGAUGCUGAUAAACUGACUUAUGGACAGAGAGUCUUGGUCUAUACUCCUCAUGCCAUAGAGAGAGUUUUAAAGCAACCCCCAGGUAAAUGGAUUUCUAAUGCCCACUUGACGCACUACCAGGCCUUGCUACUUGACACCCCACAGAUUCAUUUCCAAACGCCCUGCACUCUAAAUCUGGCCACUCUUUUGGCCAAUCCGGGGGAAAAUAGCCCCCUCCAUGACUGUGAUGAGAUACUGGCCGGGGUAACAGCAAUGCGAAAGGACUUAACCGAUACUCCACUGGAUAACAGUGAGCUAAGAUGGUUCACAGACGGCAGCAGUUAUGUAAAAGAUGGACAGAGACGGGCGGGAGCCGCAGUAGUAGAUGUCUCUGGACGGACGAUAUGGGCAGAGGCCCUUCCCCUGGAUACCUCAGCACAAAAGGCAGAGUUAAUUGCCCUGAUUCAAGCAUUAGAGAGAGCCAAAGGAAAAAGAAUAACUAUUUUCACUGACAGUCGCUAUGCUUUUGGCACGGUACACAUCCAGGGCCUGAUAUAUCGGGAACGGGGGUUUUUGACAGCUGAAGGAAAAGAAAUUAAAAACUUGCCUGAAAUCCGUAGACUUUUAGAGGCUGUACAGAUGCCUCGGGCUGUGUCAAUAGUACACGUACCUGGACAUCAGAAGGGUGACAGCCCCACGGCACGAGGGAAUCGUGCCACAGACCUGGCAGCUCGAAAAAUCCAAAAACACACCAACCUUCAAAAAGAUAAAGAUGGAUGGUACCGAGACUCAGACGGCUACUUGAUACUCCCUGCUCAGUUGGGACAGCAACUAUGUGAGCAUUUGCACUUGUCUACUCAUCUGGGAGAAGAUCUGAUGCUCUUUCAAACUGCGUGCCUGCGAUUUCCCCAGCACCAGACAACUGUAAAGAACAUAGUGCAUGCUUGUAAGGCGUGUCAACAGAUAAGGCCAGGAAAAGGACAACAUGCAGGACUGAGGUAUUGGGGAGAAGGACCAGGGCAACACUGGGAAAUAGAUUUCACCGAGGUAAGGCCAGGCAAGUAUGGUUACCGGUACUUGUUAGUGUUGGUGGAUACCUUCUCAGGGUGGGUGGAGGCUUUUCCUACAAAGGGAGAAACCGCGAUGAUAGUGGCAAAAAAGAUUUUAGAAGAAAUAGUUCCCAGGUUUGGCCUGCCAGUGACCAUGGGCUCUGAUAAUGGACCUGCCUUUGUGAGUCAAAUAGUUCAGAGCCUUGCCCUAGCCCUGGGGACUAAAUGGAAGUUACAUUGUGAAUACAGUCCACAGAGCUCAGGGCAAGUAGAAAAAAUGAAUCUGACUCUAAAAGAAACUUUAACUAAAUUGGCUAUAGAGACUGGCAGGGACUGGGUGACCCUCCUUCCCUUCUCCCUCUUCCGUGCGCGUAAUACUCCUUAUCAACUUAAUCUGACCCCAUUUGAGAUUCUGUAUGGGAGACCUCCCCCAUAUGUCCAGUUGGGGCAACUCCAAGAGGCCUUGAUGGCUUUAAGCAAGGUGCACUCUCGUGUCUGGAAACUGCUCCAGGAAAUACAUGUGGGUCAAAAUAAGGGAACUAUUCCCUCACAUGACAUUGGCCCAGGAGACUGGGUGUGGGUCAAAAGGCACCAAACCAAGGCACUAGAACCCAAAUGGAAGGGUCCUUAUGUUGUUCUUCUUACCACCCCAACUGCCCUAAAGGUUGACGGUAUCGGGCCUUGGGUGCAUUGCAACCACGUACGC